AACCAAUUAAACUUUCACAUUAUCUCUCUUGUUUUCCAAACUAAGAAAAGAGGAAACAAUAUGAGUGUUUUUGUUUUUUCAAGACCAACACUUUUAUGUGUUAUUUUCUGCAUUUGUAGCAUUUUGCUAUUUCCAGAGUUUGUCACUGCUGGCGUUACAAGGCAUUACAAAUUUGACAUAAGAUUGAAAAAUGUGACAAGGUUAUGUAAAACAAAGACAAUUGUCACUGUGAAUGGGAAAUUCCCAGGGCCAAGAGUUGUUGCUAGAGAAGGUGAUCGUUUAGUGAUUAAAGUUGUUAAUCACGUCUCCAACAAUGUUAGCAUCCAUUGGCAUGGUAUUAGACAACUACAAAGUGGAUGGGCAGAUGGACCAGCAUAUGUGACCCAGUGUCCAAUCCAAACAGGCCAAAGUUAUGUCUACAAUUUCACCAUUACUGGCCAAAGAGGAACUUUAUGGUGGCAUGCUCAUAUUUCAUGGAUGAGAGCUACACUCUAUGGACCUCUCAUCAUCUAUCCUCAACACAAUGCUUCUUAUCCAUUUGCUAAACCCCACAAAGAAGUCCCCAUAAUUUUUGGUGAAUGGUGGAAUGCUAAUACUGAGGCUGUGAUUAAUCAAGCACUUGUUACUGGAGCUGGACCUAAUGUCUCUGAUUCAUACACCAUUAAUGGUCUUCCUGGACCAUUAUACAAUUGUUCUGCUAAGGAUACUUUUAAGUUGAAGGUAAAACCAGGGAAGACAUAUAUGCUUCGUAUAAUCAACGCUGCACUCAAUGAUGACCUUUUCUUUAGAAUAGCUAAUCAUACAAUGGCAGUUGUUGAAGCAGAUGCACUUUAUGUCAAGCCAUUUGAAACAGACAUAAUUGUAAUUACUCCUGGGCAAACCACAAAUGUCCUCCUUAAAACACAUCAUAAUCCACAACAAACCACUUUUGUUAUGGUAGCUCGACCCUAUUUUACUGGACAAGGUACAUUUGAUAAUUCCACAAUUGCUGGAAUUCUUAUGUAUGACGACGAUCAUCAUAAUUCACCAUCAUCAUCGUCUAACAAUAUUUCAAUUAAAAAUCUUCCAAUUCCAACGCUUCCACCAAUUAAUUCCACUUCAUUUGUAUCCAAUUUUACUAACAAAUUUCGCGCUUUAGCUAGUGUGAAAUUCCCAGCUAAUGUUCCGCAAAAUGUUGAUAAACACUUUUUCUUCACCGUAGGGCUAGGUAGUAACCCGUGCCCAAAAAAUCAAACAUGUCAAGGUCCUAAUAAUUCAUCAAAAUUUGCUGCUUCUGUUAAUAAUGUUUCUAUGAUUCUCCCAAACACAGCGUUACUCCAAUCUUAUUUUUUCAAAAAAUCAAAUGGAGUAUAUACUAGUGAUUUUCCAAGUGUUCCUUUAGUUUCCUUUAAUUACACUGGCACCCCUCCAAAUAACACAAAUGUCUCUAAUGGCACAAAAGUUGUGGUGCUUCCAUUUAAUACUUCAGUGGAAGUGGUAAUGCAGGAUACUAGCAUUCUUGGUGCUGAAAGUCAUCCUCUUCAUCUUCAUGGAUAUAAUUUUUAUGUUGUUGGACAAGGUUUUGGUAAUUUUGACCCGAAAAACGACCCUGCUAGUUAUAAUCUUGUGGAUCCUGUUGAAAGAAACACCGUUGGAGUUCCAUCUGGUGGUUGGGUCGCUAUUCGAUUUCUAGCUGACAAUCCUGGAGUUUGGUUGAUGCAUUGUCACUUUGAUGUGCAUUUGAGUUGGGGAUUGAGAAUGGCAUGGAUAGUGUUAGAUGGAAAACUUCCUAACCAAAAAUUGCUCCCACCUCCGGCUGAUCUUCCAAUGUGUUAACAAACUCAUCAGUUCUGAUUCUUCUUUCAAUAAUAAUAAGUUAAUUAUACAAAUUUUAUUUGA